AUGGUGCCCAUGUGGGUCGGGACGCCUCCUCGGCUGGGGCGGACCAGCCAAAGCCCUCAAAACGUCAUCCGCAGGAAACUGGUCAUCAUCGGCGAUGGUGCUUGCGGCAAAACAUCUCUGCUGAGCGUCUUUACGCUCGGCUACUUCCCAUCACAUUACAUCCCGACAGGCUUCGAGAACUAUGUCACAGAUUGUAGAGUAGACGGCAAGUCCGUUCAGUUGGCGUUAUGGGAUACCGCUGGACAAGAAGACUACGACAGAUUGCGGCCGCUGGCAUAUUCUAGGGCUCAUGUCAUCCUCGUCGGCUUCUCGCUUGAUACUCCAGAUUCCCUUGACAACGUCAAGCACAAGUGGAUCGAGGAAGCCUCCCGCCUCUGCCCUAACGUCCCCAUCAUCCUCGUCGGCCUGAAGAAGGAUCUCCGGGAAGACCCCCUCGCCAUAGAGGAGAUGCGCAAGAAGUCGCUGCGCUUCGUCACGCCGCAAGAGGGAGAUGCCGUCGCUAAGGAGAUAGGAGCCCGCAAGUACCUCGAGUGCUCGAGCCUGAGCGGCGAGGGCGUCGACAAUGUCUUCGAGGCCGCCACACGCUCCGCUUUGCUCACCUUUGAGAGCGGCGAGAGCUGCGGCUGCUGCGUCAUACUGUGA